UGUCCAUGAUGUUACCUACUGUGCUCCUGUUGAUGCUGAUUAUCAGUCGAACACAAUGCUCUCAUUAUCGCGGCACUAUGAUGACCUACUACCCACAGAAAACAUUUUCAAAUGGAUCAGUCUCUGUGAUCCUUCGCUUUAAGUUUAACUAUCAAUCCUGUGGAGUUUCUUCAUAUUCUUGCACUGGCAAUUGUGGUGCUGAAAGCACAAUUGUUACAAAUGCAAAGAUUGAGGAAGUCAGUGGUAUCUGGUGCCAGAGUGAAAAAAUCACAUCUCAGUUGCUUCCCAACAACUCUCCAUUUCAGCUUGUAUUCAGCGGUGGUGGCUGGUUUAAUACUUUAAAUAACAUUUACUCCUGGAGAGCUGUAACUAGCGUUGAAUUGAGACACCGAUCUGACACCAAAAAAAUCAACGUACCACCACAAACCACUAUCUUUCCGGCCCUGAGGGUUCCUUCAAACUGUAACGUCAAUAUUAAUCUGUUGGCCUUUGACCCCGAUGAAGACGAGGUCCGAUGUAGAAAUGCUAUCCUUUCCCUGAAUGAAUGUGCUUCACCUUGCACACCUCCACCUGUUCUCAGCCUCUCCUCUAAUUGUACGCUGUCAUUCAGUGCCACCGCAAGCAGUAAUCAAGGUUGGUAUGUAGCCCAGAUGGUGAUGGAGGACUUCCCCAGGCAGUCAAUCAACCUUACUCAUAAUGACGGAUCCUACGUUUUGAAAACUACAAGCGAUGCAAUCAGUCAGAUACCAAUGCACUUUGCUCUUUUAGUUGAUCCUGCAGCACCAUCCUGCUCAGAAGGUAAUUAUCUGCCCAGAUAUCUCUCUCCAACUCCAGAACAUGGAACUCUGUACUACAGUGACGUCAAUCAGAAUUUGGAGAUCAACAUCAGAGCAGUUGCAACACAUUCUAUGAUCUCUGAGCUCCUGUACAGCGGGCCGUCCAGUGUGGUCAAGAAGUCCUCAGGUUCAGGAAACUUCUCUCUUACAUGGACACCUUCUGUAGUAGAUGCUGGACAGAGCCACCCCAUCUGUUUUGUUGUACAGGGAAGUUCCAGCAGUUCUGUGUAUCAGUCUGAGCUUCGAUGCAUCGUUGUGACAGUUGGAAGCAGUAAGUCUAAGUUUGACCUUUGUUUCUGCUUGUUUAAAUAAAAUUUGUGAGCUGACUGUUUCCAUUCUUUUGCUGCUGUAGUUCCAGAACCAAAGCCAAUAUUUGUUAAUGUUCUGAAACUGAAGAUCUCCACUACACUUUCACUGAAGGAUGAUCGGGACAUCAUUGAAAAUCUGAUUACAGAAGAACUAAUUAGACGCGGUUUUCCACCAGGCAUAAUUGUACGCCUGCUGAACAAUGGCUCAUUGGAAGUAAAAGGAUAGCUAGCCCCUAGUGGCCACUCAUUAAAAUGUAUUUAAUAUUUGCUAGGACUGAUUAAAUGGAGAAGGGGCCCACUGCAUCUUCAGAUCUCCAAACCUGUUUUUGACAAAAAUCUUUAUUGUAAAUAUACUUUAUGCAAUUAAUGUCCAUUUCUAUAUAUUUAAAAGACAUGAGAAAAUCUGUAAAUUCAUGAGUAGACUUUAACAAUCUGCUUAUUGUUCAUAGACUUUUGAGCAACUGCUUUAUCUUAUCAGUUUCUAGAGCUCUCUGUAAAGAAAUGUUUGAUCUGUUUUUUAAUUGAAUUUGUACUUGCUGUGUUAUUUUCACUGGUUCCUAAAUAAUGGAUAAGACUAUUGCUAUAUGAAGUGGCAUACCAAGCCAGAGGUUUUAGUUUGCCAAUGUUUGUCACUCUAAGGAACAAACUUUAUAUGUAUGAAAAUUGUUAAAGCACAUAAAACUUAAAUUGCUUUAAAUCAAGAUUUGGUAAGAGUGGUAUUAAAAUGUGUUAUCUUAACAUAAUGAAUUAAAUUUACAGUGCAAUUUUAAUUUUCUUUUCUCUUCAAUCAUUUUAUUGUAUUGAUUUAAAUCUUUCAUUUUUAUUAUUUCUAAAGUUUAUAUUAACUUUUAAUUUAUCUAUCUUUAUGAAAAUGCAAUGUACCGUUAUGCAUAUUUUUCUUCCUUUUCAUGCCCAGAGCUUUGUGUGAUUCUAUUUUUUAAAUAUGCUAAAUAA